ACAUUUAUUUAUCUUCUGGCGUUAUGUUGCGUAAGGCCACCGCGUCUAAAGUAUAAAAAAAGCGGGGAAAGGGGGAAAUGUGCUUUAUAGCUUGCGACCUACUUGCCAACUGUCGUUCGAUCUGUGAUAUUUCAUUCAGUUGAUCGCCUUGGACCCAAGAGGAUAGGCCUGAAUCGAAAGAGCUGCGCUAGCUGCCCUUAGCCUUGCAAGAAACAUGCCAAGUAAGCAUAGCGUAUGCGUCUUCCUCCUGGCCAUGGUCUGCACAUCUCUGCUCACGGCGGCGUCGUUUGCAAAUGAAGCAACCAGAGAGCAGAUGGUCAACAGCUCCUUGGGAGUUCUGCUCAAACACUUUUCGUUGCCUGUGGCGAACUCUUCAGGGUUGACCCGGAAGCAGUUCAUGCAGUUUCUUCAGUCCGCCACCUCCCACAGCGAGGACUUCCUCCUCAGCGUCCUGGGAUCUUGCAAGGCCUCGGAUGGAAACUGCACGCGCCAGGCCGAGUGUCCAGGGAUCACUGAAAUCUUCAAUGCCAUGGCAAUAGGCGACUUUCUACCUCGGGAAAGAAUCGCUGAUGCCAUUCCGGUGUCCAUGAGCACACUCAUCUCCAAGAACUGCUCAGCUGGCGUCUCAGAAGAUAUAUACCACUCCAAGAAUAGCAACAAACCAACUGCAGCAGAAGCCUGGGGCUGCGGUAUCGGCUUUGUGUCACUCAUCAUCGUCAUCUCCAACGUGGGCGUCUUCCUGGGCCCCAUCAUGAACAAGCGGUUUUUCAAGAGGCUCUUGCAGUUCCUGGUGGCUAUGGGCGCGGGGGCCCUGAUCUCAACAAGCCUGUUGGUGCUUAUACCCGAGGCGUUUCACAUCCAAGCCAUAGAAGAACUGAACCACAGCUACAUCUGGAAGUCUUCUGUCAUCGUAGUCUCCAUCUACGUCUUCUUCAGCUUGGAGAGGCUUCUAAAGACUGUCCUUUAUAACAGACGAUCUGUCAAGCCUCGAGACAGUGAUGACGUGUCCGUAGAGACUGGCGAGAAUAGUAUGGCGCCUCUGACUGACCUCAACAUGGACAUCAUGAUCAAAGCCCCCAUGGAGAACGGACAUUCUCACUUCCACCUGCCCACAGAGCAGGCCCAGGACAAGGUCACGCUGGCCUGGAUGGUGAUGGCCGGGGACGUCAUUCACAACUUCGUGGAUGGGUUAUCCAUGGGCGCUGCCUUCACGGAGGACAUCGCUCUGGGGAUCAGCAUUUCUCUGGCUAUCAUAAGCGAGGAACUGCCACAUGAGCUUGCUGAUAUUGCCAUCUUGCUUCACUCUGGCCUGUCCAUCAAGAAGUCACUUCUGGUCAACUUCCUGUCUGCUUGUGUCUGCUACCUGGGAUUAAUCUUGGGUAUCGUUCUAGGGUCAUCUAUAGCUGAAGCUAGCCAAUGGAUAUUUGCCAUGGCUGGAGGACUGUUUCUAUACAUUCCGCUUGUUGAUAUGCUGCCGGACAUGAGUGACCACUUGGAUUUGCUUCUACAACAAGGCGGACACGAAGCCAAAAUCGUUGCCUGCUUGCACACUCUUGGACUGCUCAUAGGAGGCGGCAUCGUUAUAAGUAUAGUUAAUGUGAACACAUUCAUACUGGCGCCUUAGGUGGAGUGUGGCGUCUUAGGUGGAGUGUAGCGCCUUAGGUGGUGUAUAGGGUCGUAGCUGGCACGGUUGGGGCAUCAAAAAAAUAUUGUAAUGUAACCCGGAAAAAUGAACUUAAAAGUCAAAGGUGACAACUGAUAGGCCAACACUUAUUUAUUACAUAUAAUGUAGACAUAUCUACUUACCUGCUCAGUCAGGUUUGUCUAGUCAUUCUUACAGCUUUUUAUUCGUGUAUUAGAUCUCAUGCUUUAGCGCUUACAGUUUGAUAUUGCUUAUGUGUAUGAUGGCGCAGUGGAUGUGAUAUUAAGUUAAAUAUCUUGGAAGCUGUUUACGUAUUUUUUAUGGCAUGGUAGAAUAUGAAUAAACUUGGCUUAAUCUAACCAACUUUUUGUUUUCAUGCAAUGCUCCUAUGAACUUGGUGGCUGAGUGGUAAAGCGCUUGGCUCCUUAACCGAGGAGUCUCGGGUUCAGAUCCCAGUGAAGACUGGAAUUUUGAAAUUUGGGAUUUUAAGGGGGCUCCUGAGUCCACCCAACUGUAAUGGGUACCUGACAUUAGUUGGGGAAAAGUAAAGGCGGUGGUUGUUGUGCUGGCCACGUGACACCCAUGUUAACUGUUGGCCACAGAAACAGAUGCAUCGUCUGUCCUGUAGAUUGCAGGGUCUAUUCACUUACUGUUACUGCCACUCUGUCACUCUGUAAGAUAUUCGUUCAUGAUAAUCAACAGUAGUGAUUUAGUAAGUUUGUCUAAAGUAUUUCGUUAUACUGUUAUGGCUUAUUAAAGGUAAUGUACAAAUUGCUUAGUGUGUUAACAUUCAAAUAGUUAUAUUUCCAUUUCUGUUUUUUUUUUCUUACUUACAGUAUAUCAAUUAAUGUUGUGAUUGUAGAUAUGUGUGUUUUUGCAACAUCAAUCUCCCUGAUGGCAGAAGACGUUUCCUUAAUACUUUGUGUUACCAUGUGCAACUUUCUAUUUUAAUAAUAUUUUUUAUUUGUUGUACAUAUUUUUUUUCUUAAUAUUUGCUUCGGGGGAUUGAACAGGGUGAUUUAUUCAUAUGCUAGUUGUCAACACGUCAGCGCUUAGUGAAUCACUACUGUUAGGGGAGAUUAUACUUCGAACUAUUUAAAAAAAAAAACACGAAACUUUGUUUAUAGAACAUUAGAUCGCCCAGAAAUAUAACAGAAUUCUAAGAGCUUUGUAUACAGAAUUUGCUCUGAAAAUAGUGUCUUAGCUAUAUUGACUAAAUCAUAUGAAGAAAAAGCAUGCUGAAGAAUGGGAUAACAGAUUAUUCAAAUCUCAAAGCACCUUUAGAGAGCUGCCUGAUUUGGAAACCACUACACGGUUCAUCUCUAGUUAUCCGAAAGCCCACACUGAACACGAACGAGGAACCGCUGGGCUUGUGUUCAAAAUCUUGAUGGUGGUCUCCCCUUAGAAUCUCGAAAGCCAAAUAUACGCAGGCUUUUUAUGCUUUGAUUUUUACGCCAUUUGUUUUUAGGAAAUAGGAAUCUAUAUAUAGAUACCAUGUGUGACUUUACAUAAUGCACAAACUCAAAUCCAUUUUAGUUUCAUUUCAGAUAAUAUAUUUCAAUGCAUAAACCUAUUUUUUUUUAGACAUGACUUUGUAUGAUCUGUUUGUUAUAAAGCGAUCUAUUUAUAAAUGUAUUUACAUAUUUUUUUUAAUAUAUGUUUUCGGUCUAAUAAGAUUCAAUCCGUAAUGUGGCGAACAUGUCGGAUAUUUUAACGCUAACUCUAAUCUAGCUUGGGGGAGGGGGCGCGGUGGCCUUGUGGUUAAGCGCUCGGUUUUGGAACCUGUGGUCUUGGGUUUGAAUCUCGGUGAAGAAUGGGAUUUUUAAUUUCGGGAUUUUUAGGACACCAUGACUUUAGUCUGGAAAGUAGAGGCGGUUGGUCGUUGUGCUGGCGACAUGACACCCUGCUCGUUAACAGAAACAGUUGACCUUAACAUCAUCUGCCCCAUAGAUCGCCAGGUCUGAAUACAAACUUUACUAUUUUUUAUUUUUUUUUUACUAAUCUUGCUCACUAAGAAUCUGCUAAUGUUACUGUAGAAUUUCGAAUAAGCUUAUUCCAAGUAGGUCGUAACCAUGGUUAACAGACCAACAAACAAAAACUGCUGCAAAAGUUACCCUUGAUACAUGUCAGUGAUCUGCCAAGCGUUUACAAUGCACUUGUAUACUUCUUGCUGCAUAUUUCAAAGGUGGCCAUGGCAACAAUGUUCUACCGUGUUUGAAUACUGAAGUGAAAGUAAACCUAAAGGAACGUGUAAAAAUAUCUUUGAAUUGCAGGACCACUAGCGGCUGCUAGUUGGCAAUUUGUUUUCCACUCCAUGAUACUGAACGCGCGCUAAAUCGUUUGUUCUUCUUGGUAAGAAAAAGUUGAACAUCUACUAUAGGAGAGCUCUACGAUUAACUAAAUUAUAUUUUGUGAAAAGGAACGUCUGUACUUUACAAGAUAAGAAAAGAACUAAGCAAUGCCAAGGAUGCUUAGUUGAACUUAUAUGUUUCGACUUUAGAAAAGUGCUGGGCUAAAAAAUUAUCAUUUUACUUUUCAAAAAAAAAAAAACCCCUAGCUUAGCAGCACUUCCUUCUGUACACCGGAGACUCCAGAAAUUUAGUUUUACGAAAAUGUCCUCGAAGUAAGGUAUAUUACAAAUAAAAAAUUCAACUUCGUUUGACCUAUGUUUUUAACUUUGCUUAAAUAUUCCUUUCACUAUUAUGGAGUAAAUAGUAGGCCUAAUUAAUAAAUAAAAAAAGGGUUUUACUUAAAUUUUAUUAGCUCUCCUUUUGCAUUUAGAAUAAAGCCGGGCAAGCUAGUAGUUAUAUACAUAUAUCAUGGGCGUAGCCAGGUUUUUUUUUCGGGGGGGGGGUUUGGGCCCCCCCCCCUCGCGAAAUUUUUUUUUAUAUGUAUUUAUGUGUGUGUGCCUACAAAAUCUUUAUUACAUUCUGACCCUUCAUUCUUUCGGAAGGCGAUUAAUGUGCCCUAGAAUAGGUUCUUCCAUGAGUUAGUGGAAAAAUUGUAGAUUCCCCGCCAAUACUAGCAAUGGGGUCUGGGGGAGCGCCAGGAGCUCCCCAGCGCGGGGCGAAGCCCCGCCGCCAAGCACUAUUUCUGGUAUUGAAAGCCAACAAAAUGCAUAUUCUGAGGUAUCUACAGUGAAUUUUCCUGCUAUUAAAAAUUUCUAUUUUAAAAUCCUAAUGUGCUAUUCUUACUGACUUAGACCCUCCCGCGCCGUUCGGCGCAUUUGCCGUCAAGCUGUUUCCAUAAAAAUCUGUCACUGGUAAUGUCUGAAGCCUCUUUCCACCUGCCAUGAGGACCUCCAUGAAUGAGUGGCGUCAAGUUGUACUAGGAAAUCAUUGCAACUCUUCUUGUGCGUAAUUCAUUUUGUCGGAGAACAUGUCCCGCAAACCUCAUGCGUCGCUCUCUCACAAUCUUACUAAGGGGUCGACUCCCAGUUCGGCAUAGGAUUUCCUUGAUUUAGACCUGAUCUCUAUAACUGACUCCUAAAAUCUGUCUUAGCCAUCUUUGUUGAGCCACAUUUAGUGUUUUUCAAUUUCGGCAGAUGACUAUUCACUGCAGUUUAUUAAUGGAGCCCUGUCACUGGUAAAAAUGUGUAACCUCUCUUGAAUACGUUCUUGGAAUUAAGUGACUGUAGUUUGCUUUCGAUUUUAUAUCGAAAAGAGAAGUUUUAUCGUCAAAAUAAUCUGUUGGGGGUUUUCCACCUCAAAACCAUCUGGAGGGGUUUUUAACUUUAAAAAAAAGCCAUCUGUAGAAGAGGGGUUUAAACUCAAAACCCCCGAUUGGAUUGGCUACGCUCAAAUGAUUUGAGUGUUUAAUUUGCUUUUUUUUUUUAUAUUGAAGAGGUAUUUUUAACAUCAAACCCCUCUGAAUGGGGGUUUAAACCCCUUUUGGCAACGCUCAUAGCAUUUUGAGUGCGUAAUUUGCGUUUUUUCUUACACUGAAGAUGUAUUUUUUAGCCUCAAACCCCCCUGGCGGGGGGUUUAAACUCAAAACUCCUUUGGCUACGCUCAUAGAUUUAAGAGUGAGUAAUUUGCUUUUAUUUAUAUUGAAGAGGUACUUUUUAGCUUCAAACUCCACUGGAAGGGAGUUUAAACUCAAAACCCCUUUGAUUACACACAUAACGUUUUGAGUGUAUAAUUUGCUUUGUUUUUAAUAUUAAAAGGUAUUUUUUUACCUUCGAACCCCGCUGAAGUGAGAUUUAAACUCAAAACUGAGUCAAAACCCAUUUAGCUACGCUCAUAACAUUUUGAGUGCGUAAUUAUUUUUUUUUAUGUUGAAGAGGGGGUUUUAAAAUCAAAAUCUUUCUUAACUGUGCUCUUGGAAUUAAGGGAUUUUCGUUUACAUUUUUUUUUUUUUGUUGUAUAGAAGAGGGGGAGUUAACUGCAAAAACCCCAGGUAGGGAUUUAAAACUCAAAACCCCUCUGGUAGGGGUUUUAAAACUCGAACCCCUCUGGUAGGGGUUUUAAAAUCGAACCCCCCCCCCUGGAAGGGGUUUUUAAAGCUCGAGCCCCCCUGGUAGGGGUUUUAAACUCAAAACACCCUGGUAGGGUGUUUUAGACUCAAAACCCCUUUGGUUGUGCUGGGGUAAGUGAUGGUUUAGUAUUAAAAUCUCACCUAAAAUAAACAAAAUCAAAGCAAAAAAUCAAUCACUAAAUUCCGAUUCCCCCCCCCCAGGGGGAUUUCAUUUCGGGGGGGGGGGGGGGGUUGAACCCCAAGCCCCCCCCCGGCUACGCCCAUGAUAUAUAUAUAUAUAUAUACAUAAAACUUUUGUACCAAGUAAUAUUGAAACGUUUUGAAUAUAAACAUAUGUUUAUUGUUGAUACAUUGUUGUUGUUAUUUCAUGUAAUCUUUUGUAUUCACUAUUUGUUUUUGAAUGUAAUUAUUGUGUAUAUAGUGAUUGAAAUCACAUUUUUUUUUUGGUCUUCCGAAUUAGUGACUGAUUUGAAGGGAUAGAUAUUAGUAGAUGAUGUACAUAUUGUCUUCACUUGGUGGGGCCAUUUUUUUUUAUUUUUAAAACUUUUAUUGAUACAUUGCUCCUACCAUUUUUUUACUUCUAUUGGUAAUGAUUCUACAUGAAAAAUGUAUGCUUUGCGUUUCUGCUGCAUACAUUUGUAUUUAUAUACUAAGACUGAUAUAGAAAGUAUUUGGUGAUAUAUAUGUGGUGUCUAUGUGUAAGACUAUAUUACUAAUCAUUUAUUAAGAAUGGAAGACACAAGAUGUCAAAUGUCAUUCUGUCUUACAAAGAAAAGAAAAGUGUUUCACAUUCUGUCUCUCUUUCUCUGUCUCUGUCUGUCUGUCUCUCUCUCUCUCUCUCUCUCUCUUGCUUUCUCUCGUGUUUCUACUCCCUCCUAGACACUUUUUCUCUAAUACUUUUUUUUUUAUUCACACUCUCCUCACUUUUUUUCUUUUUCUCUGACCUUACCUCCAUCACACAGACACACACACACUCUUUCAUAAUAUCACUCACACGCUUUGUAUUUCAGACUCUAUUUUUCUCUCUCUCUCUUCUCUCUCUCUCUCUCUCUAACACACACACACAUUCUCUUUCUAUAUCUCUUUCUCUCUAACAAUCUUUAACUCUCUUUCAUACACACAUUCUCUAUUUCUCUCUCUCCUCCACACUCUCUCCACACUCAUUGUUUCUUUAUCUGUUCCUCUCUCUCUCUCUCUCUCUCUCUCUCUCACACACACAGGGGCUCAUGCUCUCUUUCAUACCCUCUCUCUCUCUUUAACCCUAUCUUUCUCACACAUUCUCUUUUUUCCUCAUCCUCUCUUCACACAUACUCUUUCGUGCUUUCUCUCAUUCACCCUUACUCUCCCCCCCCCCUCUCUCCUUCUCUUUUCACACUAACAUUUAGUUAUUCUUCUAGAUCAGCGGUUCUCAACCUUUUAAGCUCGGCGACCCCUCUUUACAAUCCCCCACUCUGCCGCGAUCCCCCCCAUACACAUACGACAAUAGAACAGUAGACAAUAACAAUCAAUAUUUUCGAUGGUCUUAGGCGACCCCUGAUAAAUGGUCAAUCGACCCCCAAGGGGGUCGCAUUCCACAGGUUGAGAACCCCUUUUCUAGAUCUUUUACUUUUCCUCUUUUCCUAUAUAUCAUUUUUAAAGUAUCUAAUCACAAGACAUCAAUAUAUAUAGAUAGAAUAAAACUAUGUAAAUUACUAUUUUAAGUUUCAAUAUCACUGCCUGGUAUGGCAAUCUGAGCAUUAAAAAUAAAAAUAAACUUAAUAGAAUCCUAAAUGCUGCUGGCAAAAUCAUUGGCAAAAAACAAACCCCAUUUGGGCAGUUGUUUGAGACAAACAUCUAUAAAAAAGCUAACAAGAACCUCGAAAUAAAGAAUCACCUUUUGUGUCAGGAUUUUGUGAUUUUACCAUCACAAAAGAGAUACAAGACACCGAUAGCAAAGACAAACAGACACAAACACUCUUUUGUUCCCCUGGCAAUCAAAUCAUUAAAUAAGAACAAUCUGAUAUAAACUUUGUCACAUGUAAAUUAUGAGUGCGUCUGGUGUGAAUGUACACUUUGGUUUCUUAUAGUUAUAAUGUUUUUUGUUUGGUGUAAUGCACAAAUUGUAAGACAAAUUUCCUUACGGAUAUAAAAGAUUAUUAUUAUUAUUAUUAUUAUUAUUAUUAUAUAUAUAUGCUAUACAUGAUAAAUUUCAAUCUAGUCAUGGCUCAAUAAUAUUGAUUUAAACUUGUUAAUGAAACUGGAAGUCAAAACAAUGUCCAUUAA